ACUUUGGUAGCCGUCAGUCGAUUGUCAACAUUCAGUACGAUCAGACUCAUUAGGUUAAUUUUAGUUACAAAGAUAUUAGUUUUAUUUUCCAAAAGUACAAUACAUAAAUUUAUAAAACAAAAAUGACAACUUUCAAGCAAGUUCCUCUCACAUGUGGUGGCCAUACUAGACCAGUCGUGCAUUUGGAUUUUAGUGACGUUACAAAAGAUGGAUAUUAUUUGAUUUCAGCCUGCAAAGAUGGCAAGCCCAUGUUGCGGCAAGGAGAGACCGGUGAUUGGAUUGGAACCUUCGAGGGUCACAAAGGAGCAGUGUGGGGGGUAGCAUUGUCACAGAAUGCCAACCUGGCAGCUAGUGGCUCAGCAGAUUUUUCAGCUAAGAUAUGGGACGCUCGAUACGGCGAUGUAGCGCACACAUUCGACCACGAACACAUUGUAAAGAGCGUGAAUUUCAACGCGGACGACACACUGUUGCUCACAGCAAGUAAUGAGAAACUAAUACGGGUGUUUGAUCUGAACAAACCUGAAGCUGGAGCUGUUGAGAAAAUAAAUGCCCACACGAGUAGCAUUAGACACGCCGUGUUCCUUCACAAUUCCCGUAUUGUAAGCGUCAGUGACGACCUCACAAUGAGAGUGUGGGAUCGCACUAGUGGCCAGGAGGUGCACAAAGUGGAAUUCCCUACCAUUCCAAAUAGUUUAGAAUUGUCAAGGGAUGGGGCAAUAUUAACAGUGGCACAUGGUACAAACGUGUCGUUUUACUCGUCCGAUACAAUGCGCAAAAUGCGCGAGUUCCCCGUGCCCACGAAAUGUUACUCCGCCUCGCUAGCCCCCAACAGGGCUACGUUUGUCUGCGGGGGAGAGGACCUUAAGGUGUACAAAUUCGAUUACAACACGGGUACUGAGCUAGAAUCGAACAAAGGUCACUUCGGGCCAGUGCACUGCGUGCGGUGGUCGCCGGACGGCGAGCUGUACGCGACGGGGUCGGAGGACGGCACGGUGCGGCUGUGGCAGGCUGUGCCGGGCCGCGUGUACGGGUUGUGGCGGCGCUCCGCCGACCAGCCGCCCAUCGCCAACGGCUUCAAGGAGGUCGCCGCUAACUGACACCCGACCACACUCUGCAGGACAAUUCGGAGCAGUGAGAGUGCUAUCAAAAUCGGCUGCUUGGUGGCGAUUCUCUUGCGGCGGUUGUCACCGAGACCAGUGAUCGCGGCGGGGCGAAGCCCGACUAAAUCGAGACUCAAGUAUUCAAAAAUUGACGAACGUUUGUGUUGUUUUUUUUUAUUUUUGCAACACUCAUUUUUAUACUCAAACGUAAUGUAUUUAUUGUAUAAAGAAACUAAAUAGACUUGAUAUGCAACAAAAUAAAGUGAUUUGUAAAUAUUUUACUA